AUGCUGGGCCCAAGCGCUGGUUCACCCGCUGGAGAAACAACAAACGGAUCUCCUGGGGCCUCCACUACAGCAGCAGCUGCUGCAGUCUGCGGGGAAGCAAGCAAAGCAUCAGAGAACCUCCGUGUGAAGGGGGGCCUUCAUGUUCUGGUCACGGUUGGAACCACUUCGUUCGAUGACCUGGUGAAGGCUGUGGAUUCUGAUGCAUUCUUAGAUGUGCUUAAGAGUCUAGGAAAAGUCUCUUUGACAGUGCAAUUAGGUCGGGGGCAGUAUAUGCCUUUCGGGAUAUCUGCAGAAGAUCCGGAUUUGACUGGUGUUGGGGUGUGGGCACACCGGCAGGGUCUGCAGUGCGUGCGGGUGGUGCGCUACAUCCACGGUCUUUCACUUCUCUUGCCUUCCUUCGACCUCGUCGUGUCUCACUGUGGGGCAGGAACGCUUCUCGGUGCUCUGCGGGCGUCCCGGCGGGUUGUGGCUUGUGUCAAUCAAAACCUGCAGCAGAACCACCAACUAGAGCUGGCUAGUGUUCUGGCUGGGGCUAAUCACUGUGUAGCAGUAUUCGACCUCAAAGUGCUGCCGCAGAAGACGGUAGAAGCGUGGAGAAGGCCUUUUUACACCGAAGCAAGAGAAGUGAUAGCAGCAGUAGCAGAGGAAGAAGAAAGGGCAUCGAAGGAGAGGCAGCAGCACGAGCGGCCGCUGCUACCUCUGCCUUCCCCGAAUGUCCAUCGCUUCGUUGAAAUUAUGAAUGAAGAAAUCGAGGAAGGAAUGGAGACGGAAGAAACAGUGGAAGUGCCAUAUAAGAUGUACUCGGAGGCCACACAGGUCAACAGAGACGAAUAUUGA